AUGCAUGCCAUGCGACUCAAGCUUGUUGGCCUUGCUGCCUCCCUCCUCGUCUCGUGGUCCCAGGCCGUUCCGGGCGUCAGUGUUUCUGCUGAGGUUGGCGGCUGGGAUACAGUUACGGCGACGGUCACAGUGUCUGUGCCAGGACCAACCGUCACGAAGACAGAUACAGUUACAUCUUCGGUAGCCGGACCAACAGUUACAUACACGGUUACCUCAUCAGUUGCAGGGCCGACAGUCACAAAGACGGAUACGGUUACCUCGUCGGUACCAGGCCCGACUGUCACAUACACUGUCACCAGCUCUGUCCCAGGACCCACAACCACUGUUUCUGGACCUGCUCACACAGAUACUGUCACCUCGACGGUUCCAGGGCCAACUGUCACAGACACCGUCACCUCGGCGGUGCCAGGACCAACUGUCACAAAAACUGUCACCUCAAGUGUUGCGGGUCCCACGUCGACUGUUCCGGGACCGACGAUCACGAAUACCGUCACCUCGACCGUUGUCAGCGCAACAACUAUUCGAACUACGGUUGUUCAGCCUACGACCGUCGUUCAGACCAGCACCGUGCUUCAACCUACCACUGUCACCAGCACGACUUCAGUUGUUAGUGCGACGACCAUUAGAACCACUGUUGUUCAACCCACCACCGUUAUUCAGACUAGCACUGUGCUUCAACCUACCACUGUCACUAGCACGACUUCAGUUGUUAGCGCAACAACUGUCCGAACCACCAUUGUUCAACCUACGACUGUUGUUCAGACCAGCACUGUGCUUCAGCCAACUACCAUCGUUGAUACGACAACAGUCGUCAGCGCAACCACUCUUUCGACCACGGUUGUUCAGCCCACGACUGUUAUCCAGACCAGCACUGUGUUCCAACCUACUACCGUCGUUAGCACAGUUGUGAGCGCCACUACUCUUUCAACCACCGUUGUUCAGCCCACCACCGUUGUGCAGACCAGCACCGUGCUUCAGCCUACUACAGUUAUUAGCACGACCACAGUUGUCAGCUCAACCACUCUUUCGACCACUAUCGUGCAAACCACCACGGUGGUUCAGCCUACCACAGUCCUUCAGCCUACUACAGUUGUCAGCUCCACCACUGUCUCGAGGACGGUUACUACGGUGAAUUUGAGCACAAUCACCGACACGGUCUCAACCACAAUUACGAGAACCUCGACCAACACUGUUUCGACAUGCCCAACUUCCGCAUCGACCGGAAUCGUUACCUGUACCUCUAGGAUCGUCAACCCAACUUAUACUCCUCCGGCUCCGUUGCCCACUGACUAUCUCUGGGGAUGCCCCCCUGGAACGAUUUGCACGCCGCCUCAAGUUGGCUGCAAUUGGGAACAGAACCCCCCUGCUGAUACUUACGUGUGCGCUCCCUCGGAAUGCAGACCUGCUCCUGCCCUUCCCAACAUUACCGACUACAACACGUUGUGGCCCAACCCAACCAACACCACUUGUGCGUGGUAUAAUCCCACUCUGGGCUACUUCCAUCUCAACCCCGAGCAUUUCGGUCUCUCGUUCGCGAUCUUCAACGUCUUCGGCCAACCGGUAUGCCCAACGGAGGCGGAGGACAAGCCCAGGACCGUCGGCUGGGUUGAUUGGCUGAAGCCCAGUCCAGCUGCUCCGCCCAAGUUGUCGCGCCGCGUCACUGGCCCGAACCCUCUCGCACAGAUCCUGCGUCGCCAGAGUCUUGCUGUCGCUCCUGCAGAGUGCUACGCAGUCUUCGACGCUGCGACCACAGUCGCGGAGAAUACUGGCCACGUCUACGACCAGCUUUGCGUUGCCGGUACACCUUUCCAGAACGCCGUCUCUGCCUGCCGAUCAUGCGCUGCGGCGAACUCUGGCACCUCAUCACAAGUUGACAGCUUCCCUGACCUGCAAUCUUACUUCACUUGGUGUACGGAAAACGCUCCCUGA